ACUUGGGUAGAGAACGGACCUCCGGGAAGGGGAUCGCCAGUGACUCAUCCUCACUCUCGGUACUACAUUUUAAGACACAAAAAUAUUCCUCAAGAAAACUGAAACUGAUAGAAAUAAUAUAAAGAAAGAGAAAGAAAGAAGAAAGAAGAGAGAAAAUAGAUCCAGGGGAUAUAUAGACUAGAUAAUAGUCUAAAAAUCCUAUAAAAGAAGAAAGAAGAAGAAGACAUUCUCAUUCAUAAAAAAAAGGAAAAUCCCCUCAUUUCCUAAUUAAUUAAUUAAUUCCUGUUUAUUCAGGUCCCGUCGCGUGAGGAAGCACAUCAAGGAUGGAUUGGUUGUUUGGCCGUAAGAUGACUCCUGAGGAGAUGCUCAGGAAGAACCAGCGAGCACUAAACAAAGCCAUGCGCGAUUUGGACCGAGAGAGAGCAAAGAUGGAGCAGCAGGAAAAGAAGAUCAUUGCUGAUAUAAAGAAAUAUGCAAAGAUGGGUCAGAUGGAUGCAGUUAAAGUGAUGGCAAAAGAUUUGGUGCGGACACGUCGCUACACCAAGAAGUUCAUCAUGAUGAAAGCUCAGAUCCAAGCAGUUUCACUCAAGAUCACUUCAUUGAAGAGUCAGAAUGCCAUGGCAGGAGCUAUGAAGGGGGUUACCAAGGCCAUGAUGAGCAUGAACAAGCAACUGAAGCUUCCACAGAUCCAGCAGAUUAUGCAAGAAUUUGAAAAACAGACAGAGAUUAUGGACAUGAAGGAGGAGAUGAUGAAUGACGUCAUAGAUGAUGCCAUGGGUGAUGAAGACGAUGAAGAGGAAACAGAUGCUGUUGUAUCCCAAGUCCUGGAUGAACUAGGACUUCAGAUGACAGAAGGUCUGAGUGACCUCCCAUCAGCAGCCGGAACCAUUGGCAAUCCAACUCCUGCCAACAAGCAGUCUGUUGCAGUAGCAGACGCAGCUGACGAUGACAUACAGGCCAGACUGGACAACCUCAGGAGAGAGUAAUGCUUGAGCUCCAGAUGAAUGAGAGAAAUUUAUUAUUUUUGCUAAGUCUUCACUGAAGCUAAAAAAGUAUGGUAAUUAGUCAGGCUAAUCCUAUGAAUUACAGUGUUUGUUGUUAGUUUCUUAGAAAAUUUUUCUGUUUAAGCCUUCAGUGAAUCCCAGUAAUUUAAACUUCUUUUUAGUGGUGUAAAGAAAGGAAUCCAUAAUCACCAAUAAGACUCCAUAAAGUCUCAGGGGUAGGCUUUUGGAAAAACAGAUGAGUUUGUUUGUUUUGUAAAAUGAUAAUGUCAUUUGUCACAAAUAUUUAACUUGUAACUAUCCUUUAACCCAAUACUGACGGGUAUCAGAAAUCUAGGAGCAUCAUAAACUCUGGUGAUUUCUGGUAACAUCCUGACACUGGGUAUGGGAAUCUGCUACAUGUAGUUGAACCUCCCGCUCCACGUGCUCUGGCUUGUUGCUGCACGUACAGCCGUACCCCACAGACCAAGCAGUAUGUCAUGACGCCUGUACACAUGACCCGUCGGGAUGGGGUUAAGCAGCAGUAUUACCCAGUUAAAUGUUUUCAUCAUGAAAUAUAAUAAAUUGGUAUAUAUAAAUAAAGGGAACUUCUUUUUUAAAAUUUCAAAUUGUGCAUUAGAUAAUACACUUGCAGCCUCAGUGUAAUAACUAUGUUGUAGGACCAGGUGUGCAGAAGUUUGAGAGUGGCAGUGCUGAUUUUCCAUAUUUAGAUGAUAGCUUAUUUUAGCAAGUAAAGAAUUUCCAAGGUGCCUCAUAUUUAGGCAGCACUCUUAAGUAACCAAUCAUGAUUUACAACUACAUAUAAACUUGAAAUUUAGUUAUAAAAAUGUACCUGUCUUUUUAUCACCUUUUUUCUAUUAUAUGAGGUAUCGCUGUGUCUAGAUACUGCAAAUUAAAUAAGGAAGAAAAAAAAGGCCUCAAAAUACUUGUAACACGUGCUAGCCAAAAGAAAUUGUACUUACUAUUUACAAAUUUUGUUUGUUUAUACCACCUGUUUUAUUUGUAAUUUGUAACUACUUAAAAAGGAAAGCAUCAGUAGUUUUAUAUUUUGAUUUCCAAGGUUAGUCUGAUGACUAUUACAUACUAGAAAAUUAUAUUAUAUUAGCAUUAAGUGUAGGUUUUAUAAUGCAUGAGUGAAUUAGCAAAUAGAAUAUAGCAGUGGCUUUCUUGGCCAAGCUACCAAUAAAAUCUGGUUCAAAGGUCAAAGUUAUGGUUGUAAUUUUUUGAAAGGACUAGGUUAAGUUGAAACACUGAAGAAUAUAUAUGCUUUAAAUGUUAAUACAUAAAGAAAAUAUGAAUGAUGUGAUUGUUUGUACAUUUUUUUCAAAUUAAGUUGUUAUCACAUAGAUCAAUAAAUUUUGAAGAUUUUAUUAUAAA